GAGCAUGAAGUACACCCCAUGGAUUCAUGGCCUGGCUAACACAGCGUGUUGAAGGAAUCAACUGCCUCACAGAGAUUGGCUUGCAGCGGCCUACCAGUCUAGACCUGCACAACUACUACCACACAGAAAACGAUGAUGAAAACCCUUUUAUCUGUUCUCAACCACGGGAGAAUGGCGUGCGUCUGUGCACCUCCAUCCCCACGCUCCACGAAGAGGGCCGGCAGUGCCAGCUGGACAUGGCAUCUUACAAUAGCACAGACAACACCACCUGCGUCAACUGGAACAAGUAGUACACCAACUGCUCUGCCGGAGAGGCCAAUCCCUUCAAGGGGGCCAUAAACUUUGACAACAUUGGUUAUGCCUGGAUUGCCAUCUU